AUGGCCAGCUUACGCUCAUUCGGGAGGCUGCUCGCGCGCCCUUCGCCCGGCCGGCUUCUUCCCUCGGUCGCCGCUCCGUCGAUGGUGCAGGCGAAACGACACUCGUCGUCCAAGCACCCCAAAGGCUUCGAGCCACCGACGGCGGCGGAUCUCGACGAGCUGCGGGAGAGCGUGCAGGCGUUCACGCGGCGGGAAAUCACGGCCGAGGUGGCGGCUCACACGGACCGGUCCAACGCCUUCCCCAACGAGAUGUGGCAGAAGCUCGGCGAUGCAGGCUUCCUCGGCAUCACGGCUGACGAGGACGUCGGCGGUCUCGGCAUGGGCUACCAGGCCCACUGCAUCGUCAUGGAGGAGCUGUCGCGCGCCUCGGGCUCCAUCGCCCUGAGCUACGCCGCCCACUCGCAGCUCUGCGUCAACCAGCUCCAGCUGAACGGCUCGGCCGCGCAGAAGGCGAAACACCUGCCCGGCCUCAUCGCCGGCACCACGGUCGGCGCGCUGGCCAUGUCGGAGUCGGGCUCCGGCAGCGACGUCGUGAGCAUGCGCACCACGGCCUCGGCCGUCGACGGCGGCUACCUGCUCAACGGAUCCAAGAUGUGGAUCACCAACGGACCCGACGCCCAGCUCAUCAUCGUCUACGCCAAGACGACGCCCGACGCCGGCUCCAAGGGCAUCACGGCCUUCAUCGUCGACACCGCCGCCGACGGCUUCUCCUGCGCCCGCAAGCUCGACAAGAUGGGCAUGCGCGGCAGCAACACGGGCGAGCUGAUGUUCGACAACGUCUUCGUGCCGACGGAAAACGUGCUCGGCAAGGUCGACGGCGGCGUGCGCGUCCUCAUGGAAGGCCUCGACCUCGAGCGCCUGGUCCUCUCGGCCGGGCCCCUAGGUCUCAUGCAGGCGGCCCUCGACGUCGCCGCCCCCUUCUCCCACCAGCGGAAGCAGUUCGGCCAGCCCAUCGCCCACAACCAGCUCGUCCAAGGCAAGCUGGCCGACAUGUACACGAAGCUGCAGGCGUCACGGGCCUACACGUACGCGACGGCGAGCCGCGUCGACGAGCAGGGCAUCGUCCGCACCCAGGACUGCGCCGGCGCCAUCCUCUACGCCGCCGAACGGGCGACCGAGUGUGCGCUCGACUGCAUCCAGCUGCUCGGCGGCAUGGGCUACGUCGAGGAGAUGCCGGCCUCGCGCAUCCUGCGAGACGCCAAACUGUACGAGAUUGGAGCAGGCACGUCUGAGAUCCGACGCAUGGUUAUCGGCCGCGCGUUCAACAAGGAAUACGCCAACGCAUAG